AUCUAUAUUCGUUCCACGAACUUCCAAUUAUGGUUGGUUAUCAAAAACGGGGAAGAGGUACCGAUGAAGAAAGUCGAAGACAAGUUGAUCCCCAAGACCGAAGACGAGUUUGAUGCCGAGGACAUCAAAAAGGUCGAGAAUUAUGCAAAAGCAAUAAACAUGCUUUAUUGUGCCGUAAAUCCUGAUGACUACCGCAAGAUCUCUUGCUGCUCAACCGCCAAAGAGAUGUGGGAUAAACUUGAGGUGACGUACGAAGGAAGGGACCAAGUACGUGAAGCCAAGAUUGGCUUCCUCACCCAAGAAUAUGAAAUGUUCAGGAUGAAGGAGCAUGAGAAGAUUGACGACAUGUUAGACCGAUUUUCCAAGAUAGUCAACGAUCUUCAUGCAUUAAAGAAGACGUACACCGACAGGGAUCUUGUGCAAAAAAUCCUACGGAGCUUGACAUCCGAAUGGCGAUCCAAGGCCGAUGUCAUCUAUGAAUCAAUCGGCACAUCAAAUGUCACCAUCGAUGGCCUAAGAGGUAAUCUAAAAACCUAUGAAUCGACUAUUUUUAAUCCGUCUUUGAAUGACCAAAGGAAAGGGAUAACACUAAAAGCCGUCAAAGAAUCAACGAUGGAUGAUUCAAGUGUCGAUGAUGAAGUAAAGCUUGUCAUGAAGAAGUUCUGCAAACUUCUAAGAAAGAAAGAAAAGGUUGAGGAUGGCCCUGUGUGUUAUGGAUGUGGAGAAGCCGGGCACAUCAAGAACAAAUGCCCGAAAAGCGGAAGGAAUGCUCGACACUUCAAAAGGCAAAAGGCGUAUAUCUCUUGGGGUGGAGACUCCGGCGACGAGUCCACCGACCAAGAUGAGGAUGAAGUUGCCAACCUCUGUCUCAUGGCACACGAAGACCAAACCGACGAUGUACAAGAGAAGAAAUCCUCCACGACGACGAUGGUGCAAACACGCAGCAACGCCAACGUAGGUACCGGAGUUCCCCAACAGGGGGAGAACAGCGCCACCGGAGGUCGGCACCCCCCCAUCACCACCGGGGAGGCUGAGGCACUCAUUCAGAGGGUUGGGAUCACGGCCGAACAAUUCAAGGAGGUGCUGGCCGCACUUGCGCCCAACCGCGAGGUUGUGGUAGGAGAUGUGGCUGGGGGACCCAUAGGCGAGAAGGCUGGACCUGCGGGCUCCCAAGGAAAAAAAAGAAAGCUGGAAGAAGAGGACGAGUCGUCCUCCUUCGAGCGGAUGUCUGCUUUUGACCGUUUGGGAGAUCCCAAGUCGAAGAAACCUCGGACCUCUGCGUUCGAAAGGCUGCAGGACACUCGGUCGGCCCGAAAAGGCGACUUGAGAGACGCGCUCAAGGAGAAGAGAGGGGAGUCCACAGCGACCUCCAAGAACCCGUAUCACCAGGCGGUCUUCAGUGAGGUAACGCCCUUCUCCAGAAGGAUAAUGUCCUGCCCCCUCCCAGAUAAUUUCAAGACUCCCCAGAUCAAGGCAUACAACGGGACGACCGAUCCCCAAGACCACCUCGCUCGCUUCGGGGCCAACGUGGUCAUGUACGCAUAUCCAGAAGAAAUCAAGUGUCGGUGUUUCCUUGCGACACUGGAAGGGCAGGCUUGUGAGUGGUUUCACAAGUUACCCAAGGGGUCGAUAGAUAAGUGGGGCGACCUGGCCCACAAGUUCUUGGAGCACUUCGCAUCCAGCCAGAGACAAAAGCUCCCCUUCUCGCAUUUGCUCAAUGUGAAGAUCCGGAAGGGGGAACAGCUCCGGGAGUUCAUUAAUAGGUGGGAGAUGGAGGCUAGGGAUGUCCAAGGGGCGGACGACCAAGCCCUGAUCGCCAUGCUCCAAGCUGCACUCCCCCAAGGGGAUGUGCGUAAGGAGCUGCGACGGAAUCCUCUCUCGACCUAUCAAGAGAUGUUGGCCAGGGCGAAGUACCUGGCGCUGGAAGAGGAAGAUGAUGAGCCACCAGUCCAGAAGGAGAAGAAAAGCGGGCCACCGGUGGCAGAAGGAAAGAAAAGGAAGGAUUAUGGUAAGGGGCCGAACCCCACUGGGUAUCAUGCGAACAGGCAUCCCGUCCACGCGGUACAGUCGUUGCCGGCCCCUCCUCAUGGUCGGGAAAGCUAUGGUGUGCAAGAUGCACCCAAAUACUGCGAGUACAACCGUAACAGCACCCAUAACACGUCGGAGUGCGUUACGUUGAAGAAGGAGAUCGAUCAGCUGAUUGCUAGAGGGCCACCUCCUCGGUCAGAGCGACCGUCCACAAGUAACCGGACCUGGAGGAGACCGCCAUCCCCCACGGCAGCGAUCACAGCAGGAGAGGGGCAAGAAGAUGGACGGCGGCACCUAGGGCGAGAUUGUGAUGACCUAGAUGAGGAGGAGAGGCAAGGUCGCCGACACCUGGGGUGUCGGUUCAUCAUGGGAGGAAACACUGGGGGAGAUUCGGUAUCCUCCCGGAAGAAGUGGAAAAACAUAGUGUACCUGGCCGAGACCUUAGUCGAUACGGGCAACUCGGUCAACGUAAUGUACAGCAACACCUUUAAGGAGUUGGGAUUGUCCCGAAGCGACCUAAAGCUAAUCCAUACGCCGCUGUCAGGAUUUACAGGGGAUACUAUCGAAGCAGAAGGAACUAUCACGGUAAAGGCCGGGGUAGGAGAUGGCACCCACCGACUCUGGGUCGACAUGGAGUUUAUGGUAGUACAGCUCGACUGUGCACACCAUCUGAUUCUGGGACGACCAGGGUUGGAGGACCUGGAGUGCGUAAUCUCCCCCGUCCACUUAUGCCUAAAGUUUAACACUCCCAUAGGGGUGGGGGUAGCAAAGGGGAACCAGAGCCUGUCACGGUCCUGCUACGUCAGGGCGACCAAAAGCCAAGCCCGAGUCGACGAGAAUGUGAGCACGAUCUGUGCGGCGAUCCAGAAGGAGGAGGGGCGACCCCGAGCUGAGCCGGCGGAAGAGGUCGAGGAAGUUUCUUUGGACCCGGUUGAGCCAGAGCGGAAGGUGAAGGUAGGCAAAACCUUACCGCUUGAAUUAAAGGAGCAGUUAUUGGAGGUCCUCCGAGCAUUCAAGGGGAAUUGGUGGACCGUGUACACCGAUGGGUCGUCCGCGACUGAUGCUUCGGGGGGAGGUGUCGUGGCGAUAUCUCCGGAAGGGUUCAAGGCAUACUACUCCGUGAGAUUCCGGUUUAAAGUCUCGAACAAUGAGGCUGAAUAUGAGGCACUGCUUUGCGGCUUGAGGUUGGCAGCCUCAUUAAAAGCUGAGCGAAUCCAAGUCCGGUGCGAUUCCAAGCUAGUGGAAGAAGAGUUGCUCGAGCCAAGCAUCAGUCCCGGACAAGUGCUGAUCAUCACACUCAGAGAGAAGCCGGAUUGGAUUGACGAGAUUACCAUGUACAUCCUUGACGGGUCGCUACUUAUCGACCCAAUCGCGGCAAAGGUGGUGAAGCGACGUGCACCCAGCUACACGCUGGAGUGCGGUCGGCUGUAUAAGCGAUUGUACAAUGGUACAUUGUUGAGGUGCUUAAGAACGGGCGAGGCACAGAAGUUAAUGGAGGAAAUCCAUGAGGGAAUAUGUUCAGCACAUCAGGGAGCCUUCACGAUGUCCAGGAAGGUGACCCUACAAGGAUACUUUUGGCCAACAAUUAUCAGAGAUUGCGCAGAGUAUGUGCGCAAAUGCAAGGUUUGCCAGGAAUUCCAGAGGAUGCCAGGGCGACCGGCGACGAAUUAUACCCCGAUAAGCACAGCGAUUCCUUUUGCCCGGUGGGGCAUCGAUCUGGUCGGUAUUUUGCCUCGGGGGACGGGGAACAACACAUACCUGGUGGUCGCGAUCGACUACUUCACCAAGUGGGUCGAGGCCGCCCCCGUGCCAACCAUCACUGCGGAACAGAUGACGAAGUUCGUUUCCAAGCAAAUCUUGUGCCGAUUUGGGGUGCCCCAGCAGAUCAUCACAGACAACGGAACCCAAUUCGAGGCCGGAGGGUUCAAUGAGUUUCUACAGAGCUGGGGGCAUAAAACACAGCUAUGCAGCGGUCGGGUACCCACAAACCAAUGGGCAGGUAGAGAACACCAAUCGUACCAUCAUGGAUGGCCUCAAGAAGAAGAUAAUGGAAUGCAAAAGUGCCUGGGUGGAAGAAGUGCCCUAUAUUUUGUGGACCUACAGAACUACCCCAAGGAAGGCAACAGAGUAGAGACAUUUGAUGCUCAAGGAAAUGAGGAGAACCUGAGGGCGGAGCUGCACCUCAUUGAUGAGCGAAGGGAAAGGGCAUAUAUGCGGGCAGAAAACUACCGCCGGCAGGUCAAGUCAUAUCACGACCAGCGGGUGCGACCAAGGCAGUUCAAGAUGGGCGACUGGGUCCUUCGGAAGAGGGAGGUCAGCCGGCCGACCGAUGGAGGAAAGUUUGCUAAAAGCUUCGAGGGGCCAUAUAUCAUAAAGGAGGUGUUGGCUGAUGGGACAUUUAGAUUGCAGACUCCAACCGGUGGCGACGUUCCGCGAGUAUGGAAUGCCGCCAACCUUAUUAAAUUUUAUCAAUAGAUUGUAUUCCAGCCAUGUCUUUUCUUGAGAUUUAAUAAAUCCAGCUCUCUGGCACAUCUUGUCUCCAAUUCUCGAAAAAAAAAAGGAGCGACCACAAGAGAUCGCUAAAAUUGCACGGUGAUUCGUGCUAAGACACCCAGUAAUGGGUGAAGCGUCGAACCCGGUCAAGCGACCAAGGUUGAAGACGACGCCGUGGCAAGAAAGUCUGGGAGAACGG